UGUGAGCGUUCAAACCAGCAGGGAGUUUAAACGAUAAUCAUGACUACUGGGCGAGGGUUUCUCACGGCAUUAUCAAUUAUCCUUGUCGGGAGCGAGGCCGUUGGAAGGACUUAUCAAGCCCGCGCUGGAUACGAUCUGAGUAAUGGUCCAGUCACGUACGAGGCGUAUUACCCCGAGGAUGCUCCUCAAGUCCGUCAACCCCUCGAAAAAUCUUAUCAAACAUCUUACGACAGUUACCCGGACAGCUCAGAUCACCAUCAACAGUCCCCCCAAGAUGAUAUUACCCCCUGGAGGCACAACCCUCCGCCAUACGUCAAUCAAUACCGUCGGGAACAGCCACCUCACACCGAGCUCGAGGACGCUCUCAAGAUGUUGAUUGACGCCAUUAGGGGCGAGAGAAUAGCCCGUCCAGCCAUAACUGAACUCUACAUUAAAGAACCAUCAAGUAACCGGAAAAUCGACGAUGAUGAGGUCGAGAACAUUUUUAAACCCCGACCACAGGUCAUCAACUAUGUUUUUGGCGGGGGGGAAGGGGCGGGGGAUUCUCUCAGUAACAGGGGGGUAGUGCAGGGGGAGGAGGUGCCCCAGGUGGCGGCUAUUGAGGUGAGCGAAAAGCCUCAUAAGAUUCGGCAUCAUCAUGGCGAGAAGUUACGACGCAAUCGAGUGGCGGAGGCUUAAG